GAGGGGCGGGAGCGGCCGGGCCGGGCCAGCAGGCGAGGGGGGGCGGGGGGCCGACUUCCUGGGGCCGCCGGUGAAGAUGUCGCGACCGCCCCCCGGCGCCCCUCAGCCCCGGAGACGCCGCCGCGGCGGAGCCCGGAGCCCCCCGGCCUGAGGCGUCGCGGCCCGGAGCCGCCACCCCCCGCUCCCAGGUGCGGGCCGGGCCGGCGGCCGGCAGAUUUUAUCAUGUGGGCAACCUGCUGCAACUGGUUCUGCCUGGAUGGACAGCCUGAGGAGGCGUCACCGCCACAGGGAACCAGGACCCAGGCCUAUUCCAACCCGGGCUAUAGCUCUUUCCCUUCCCCGACAGGCUCGGAACCGAGCUGCAAGGCCUGUGGAAUGCACUUUGCAAACUCAACUCGGAAGCAGACCUGCUUGGACUGUAAGAAGAUUUUCUGCACGACCUGCUCGAGCCAAGUAGGGAACGGGCCCCGCCUCUGUCUCCUCUGCCAACGAUUCCGGGCCACGGCCUUCCAGCGGGAGGAGCUCAUGAAGAUGAAGGUGAAGGACCUGCGGGACUAUCUCAGUCUCCAUGACAUCUCGACCGAAAUGUGCCGGGAGAAGGAGGAGCUGGUGUUGCUGGUGCUCGGCCAGGAGAGCAGGACUCGCACCCCCACCUUGUCCCCGGACUCCUCCGAGCAGCAGGCCUUCCUGAGCCAGCCGCACACCAGCACAGCACCUGCUACCUCACCCCACCUCUCUCCUCCACCCGCCCAGGCCCCCGCCGGCCCUCCAGCCCAGGCUCCGGAAAGCCAGCAGGCCAAUGGCCGUGUGUCUCAGGACCAAGAGGAAGCCAGCUACCUGGAGAGCACAGCCAGAGCUCCUGCUGAGGACGAGACCCAGUCCGUCAACUCUGAGGACAGCUUUGUCCCUGGCCGGAGGGCAUCCCUGUCCGACCUGACUGACCUGGAUGACAUCGAAGGCCUCACCGUGAGGCAGCUCAAGGAGAUCUUGGCUCGAAACUUUGUCAACUACAAGGGCUGCUGCGAGAAGUGGGAGCUGAUGGAGAGGGUGACGCGGCUGUACAAGGAUCAGAAAGGACUCCAGGACCUGGUGUGUGGUGCUGAGGACCAAAACGGAGGAGCGAUGCCCCCUGCCCUGGAGGAGAACCUGUGCAGGAUCUGCAUGGACUCUCCCAUCGACUGUGUCCUGCUGGAGUGUGGCCACAUGGUAACCUGUACCAAGUGUGGCAAACGCAUGAAUGAAUGUCCCAUCUGCCGCCAGUAUGUGAUCCGAGCAGUGCACGUCUUCCGAUCCUGAAGGCUUGUACCAGCUGCUUCAGUGCCUUACGGGACAGAGCUCGAGGUGUCUGGGCCCCAGGUUGGCCAGCUUGCAGCGGGGCAAGCCAGCAAGAGAAUCUGUGUUGUUCCCAAGACCAGGACCAGCACAGGUGGCAUGUCACCUCCAAGUGUGCCUGACCUGCUGCCGGAGGUGUACUUGUUGGCCAACAGAGCCCAGGACCACUGGGAACUAGUACUGACCGCAUGAGCAAGUCCCCUUUUUCAGUGAUUUUGGGCAAUGAAGGUAAUGAAUGAAGAGAGGCCCUUCUGGGACUCAAGGACUUGCCAUAUCUUCCUCCAGCCACCUAGACAACAGUUUCCCCUUCGUCCUGUCCCCACCCCGUUCCCUUGAGCUGUUUGCCUCUGUGUUUCUCCAAGCACAAGUCUUCUAUCCCUAGAUUUAUUUCUGGCCUCUUCGGUUUUCUGGACUUUUAUUUAUCUACCUUUGCAAAAGUCUUUCGCUACAUUGCCUAAAAUCUUAGACCAAAAAGAUAUUGUUAGUUUACCAGACCGAUUGUGCUCAUCCUUAGGACAGAACCUGGACUAGCAAACUUGUUCUCUGGUGAGAAAGGAAACACAAAUGCUACUGAACAUUUUCGAAGCUGUUAAAGAGUUACUUCCUUACGUACCGGGACUGGAAGCUGCCUAUCCCGACCGAGCCUGGGACCAGCAGAGUGUCUGGUGUCCGUGCUGGGACUCCUGGUCUGUGAGAGAUGGAGCAUGGCUAUAGCAGCUCCGCUGCUUCUCUUGGGACCUGACGGUGCCAUCCUUAGUUUAAGUGCUAAGGAAAAGGGGCCACAUUGGGUGAAGGCAUUAACUUCCCACUCUACUUUGACAUGCCUGAUAGACAGGAGCCUGGAACCCCCACCCCCCACCCCGUAAAUACAGUGUGUGCACCUCACACCCCUUUCCAUGGAGAUCUUAAAUAUGGUCUUAUGGAAGGCAUAUUUAGGCAAAGAAUUUCACUUUGCUCUGGCCAGACUUAGUCCCAAUCCCCUGCUGAACAGACCUGGAAGACAGAACACUUAACCAGUUAUCAGAAGGUACUGGAUGAAGGUGGAUUCCGUCUUGAGCAGACUGCCCCCAACCCACCGUGUCAGCCUGCUGAGUUGAGGCUGGUCAGGAAACAGCAUUCUCCAGGCCUUUCAAGGACUGUGUAAUGCAGGGGUGAGGGUCACCAGCUCUGUAAAGUUUGCCAGAGCAGCUUAACUCCAGGAAAUACACACACACGCGCACACACAUGCACACGCAUGCACAGUCAGGUGUGUGUGCUCCUACUAUCAAUGGAUGAACUAUAUGGAUGAACUAUGCAAAUCCUUCACACUGGGGCCUUGGCAGACCCUCCCCCGCCUCCGAGACCUCAAACUAGAACUAAUGCAGUAGGAAAUGCUUAAGGGACCUGUUAAUCGGUACAGGCGUACUUAGGGUUACCUCCAUCAUUCAUGGUUCCUCCUCGGGGGGGAUUAAAAUAAUUUCAUAAAGUAGUUGUCAGCUGAACACUGGGCCACUUACCUCGACAUUACACCUCAUCCUGGAUAAUCUGAUUCUGGGAUAUAGCCUUUGGUAGGAAUUGGGGGAAAUCAUAUUUUCCCAUGAAGACAUCAUCAUACAUAGUCUUUUAUCUUUCUGCUGGAUUAGUAAGUGCUAUUGUUUACAGUGCCUGCCAGCAAAGGAUUCAGCUACUCGAUUCCACUGUGAAACAAGUCUCUCUACAUAGUACACAGGCAACUCAGCCAGGGUCCGGCAGCCACUCCAGGGCUGGUUCCCUCCCUACUUAGAAAUUGCUUUCUUUGCGGAGGCCUUACCUCUCCCUACGCCCCAAUCUCCUGCCUAGGAAUGAAUUAAAGAUAUCCUCGAUAACAGUUAGAACUGAUGUCAUUUACUGACUUUGGAGAAAGAAAGGUAUCUUUUAAGUCUUUUAACUUCUUUUGGUGAAGGUUUCUAUUUAGAAAAAAGGUGUCGAGUAUUUGUUUUUGUCUUUGGGAGGAGGGGUGUCAUCUUAUUACACCAAAUGAAAGUUGGGGAUUCUAAAUCCUAUCACAGUUAGUAUCUAACCUGGUUAGAAAGCUAGAUUUUAAUCCUUGGAUCUUCCGUCCAGCCCUUUCCCUCCUUGGUCAUAAUUAUCAUGGAAGCACCUAAUCCUUUACUCCAUGGCUUUUUGCUGUGAUAAUCCUGAGAUUUCAGUUGAGACUUAUAAAGUUGGAGAGCAGCUGGAUCCAAACUUCUAAGUUGUGCAGGAAUUAGUGCUGUAUAUAUGUUGUAUGAAUUGGUUGAAAUCCUUUGGAUGUGAAUGUGUUACUUCAAGUGACUUAUAUUAAGAUAGACUUAACUUGGGUGUUAAAGCAAACCCAAAUGUAUUUUUUUUUUUGUUACAGAGCUCUGCUUUAUAAUUUUGUAAUAAAGUUUCAUCAUAGAAGCCUGUCCCAUCUGGUGUGAGGAUACCAGAGGUCCAGUAGUUAAGGUGGACUGUUGCUGAGCCAAGCUGUGUGUCCAUGGGCUUUCUCUCUCGAGAUCACUAUUUCUGAAGCUGCACGGACAUGAUCUUUAUCAAAUAGCCCUGUCUGUAGACCGGAAUCUGAAGCAUAGUAG